UCCGUUCCAAGCUAAUUUAUUAUUUAUUUCUGAGAAACUUUUCAUCUUCCGUCUUCAUACUUCAGUGGUGUUAACGUAUAAAAUUGCUGUGACAAGUGGUUUCUCGCCAUGCAGCGCGCGGGUGGGAGAAGGGCCUGUGCGCCAUGAGCCACACUCCUAUAGGCGGCCACCCGCAAGGUUGGGAUCACAAGCUUGCUGACAGGUCGUCGCUGCCGCCGGCAUCUGGGGAGGAGAAGAGCAAAUCUCAGUCCAAAUAUGUGUUCACUCAACCACAUCCCUCUAAGACGGGGAUGGCAUGGCGCGAGCAGACGGAGGGUUCGUCCGGUAGUUCAGCGCGCUCGCCCGCCUCGCCGCCGUACAUGCGCUGGGCGCGUAGUCUGCCGGACCUGCUCGAGGACGCGGAGGGCGUGCGUCUGUUCCGCAAGUUCGUCAGCGACGCGGGGGGCCUGCACCUCGACAGGCUCAACUUCUACUUCGCGGUGCACGGACUGCGCCAGGAGACCGAGCCCGCCAAGAUAUGCCAGGUCGUCUCCGCUAUAUACAAAUUCCUGCGCAAGUCACAGCUAGCGAUGCCCGAGGAGUUGAAGCAGUACGUGAAGCAGAGCCUCAAGGAUGGAUCGAACAUCGAGAGGACUAUAUUCGAUAAUAUGGAGAAAGAGGUAACGCGGGCCAUAAACGAGACGACGUAUCAGGCGUUCCUGAGCUCGGAGGCGUACGUGUCGUACGUGAGCGCCGCCACGCAGCCGCUGUCCUCGCCCGACCACUCGCCGCCCGCGCCCGCGCCCGCGCCCGCGCACAGAGAGGGGCAGGAGGUGUGCGGGGGCGCGGGCGGGGGCGGGGGCGGGUACGGCGCGGCGCCGCGGCUCACGCUGGACGCGCUGCUCGCCACGCAGUCGCGCCGCCUGCACGCGGACGUCGCACCCUUGACUGAUAUAUCCAUGUCUCGUUUGCCCCCAUGUUUGUGUCUCGCAUGCUCGAUGCCCCGCCGCAUUGUAUACACGCUAAACGCUGUCCCGCCGCUGGACCACCACGCCACCCCACCCACAUAUCCCCCUACCGAAUAUCGAUCACCACCAUCCUUUUCGUAUCCUUCACUACUUCUAUCGCUGUAA